AUGGAGGGCGCGGCCGAGUCCACGGUGCUCGACGCGGCCCGCGAUGGCGAGCAGGGGAAGCAGCAGAGCCAGAUGGUGUCCAUCGCGCAGGCCUCGCCGACCAGGAACAGAGUUGACGCCCUCACGUCCGGCCGGCUGCACAACCGCCACAUCGACGACGGCGACAUGUCGAUUUCGCCCGCGGCGAAGCAUACCGCGGCGCGCGGGAGAGUAGUUUUCGUCGGCGGGGAGCUUUCCGCGGACAGCGGCUCGGAUGAGCCGCCACCAUCCCAUUACAGCUCCGACGGCUGGGACGAGGACUCGUCGGGUCUCAUGGUUGGCCGCUCCAAGUCGACUUCGUCGCGUGGGCGCACAGGCCAGCUUCUAGAGAGGCUCAAUAUCGAGCAGCGGAUUAGCCUCUGUACCGAGUUGGACGCUUGGUUCCAGCUCCACCUGAAGUUCGCGUCACAGAGGAUCGAGAACUUCAAUAGUAGAGAACUGGCGAGGGACACAGUGCAGAGCGACUUCGACGUGGCCCUGAAGGACGUCCGCGAUGGGGCGGGCGCCGCGGAAGUGAGAUCGGUGCUGAAGGCGAAGCAGUUCAAAGACAAGAUCCAGAAGUAUCAGACUGCGCAGGAGAGCGCGCGAGGCUGCCCUGUCGGAGGCCCGGGAGAAGGCUGUCGAGACGGAGAGCAAGGCGGCUAA